UGACCAAGGUUCGGCUCCUCGGGCCGAGGGCGGGGGUACGGAGGUGGCAGCUGAAGGCAGGAGGCGGUGCGGGAGGCGAGAAGCUCCCGCGCGGACCAAUCCCUGCGUCCCGGGCCGAGACCCUGCUCCUGCAGCGCCCCGAGGAGAGGCCGGCCGGAUGGGCCGCUGAGCCCGAGUCGGGGACCGCGUGGAGCCCCCUGGAGCUGAGAUCAGGAUGUUCCGCUUCAUGAGGGACGUGGAGCCUGAGGAUCCCAUGUUCCUGAUGGACCCCUUUGCAAUUCACCGUCAGCAUAUGAGCCGCAUGUUGUCAGGUGGCUUUGGAUAUAGCCCCUUCCUAAGCAUCACAGAUGGUAACAUGCCAGCAACCAGGCCUGCCAGCCGCAGGAUGCAGGCUGGGGCUGUCUCUCCCUUUGGGAUGUUGGGAAUGUCUGGCGGCUUCAUGGACAUGUUUGGGAUGAUGAACGACAUGAUUGGGAACAUGGAGCACAUGGCCGCCGGAGGCAACUGCCAGACCUUCUCUUCCUCCACCGUCAUCUCCUACUCCAACACUGGGGAUGGUGCCCCCAAGGUUUACCAGGAGACAUCUGAGAUGCGCUCUGCCCCAGGCGGGAUCCGGGAGACACGGAGGACUGUCCGGGACUCAGACAGUGGCCUAGAGCAGAUGUCCAUUGGGCAUCACAUUCGGGAUAGGGCCCACAUCCUCCAGCGCUCCCGAAACCACCGCACGGGGGACCAGGAGGAGCAGCAGGACUACACCAACCUGGACCGAAAGUGAGGCAGCAGCGUUUGAUGAUGAAUGGAGAAGGAGACAUCUUACAGGCAGCAACGUCCUCUGAAUUUUCCAUGAGGCGCUGUGGUGGGGGACGAAAGGGGCCUCGCUGGCUAUCCAGGGACCUGAGGGGACUACCCCCCCGACAGUCCGGGUCGCUAUGACUGGUGAAGGCCCCAGGCUCUCAGAUUCUCAUGGCAGGCUGGGAGGCUGAGAAAUCCUGAAAUGACUGUCCUUCCAACCUCCAUCCCAAUU